AUGCCUACUCGUAGUAGCAAGAAGGUCAAGGAGAAAGGCAUACCUCCCAAGCAUUCGAUGUCGCCUCGUCAAUUCGCCGCGUUGACCGCCAUAUGCGACACGCUCGUAUCCUCCAUGCCGGUUCCGACGGAUUCCGACGACCCGUAUUUCCAGCUCGUCGGGAAGCGAAAGGAAGGCUCGCAGUCGUCUAGCCAAUGGAGCGAGUUUUACGGCGAGCCGCGGAAGGAAGCCAUCGCGGCGUACUUCGCGGAAUCCGCGUCUAGCCUCGGCAUCGUCGACAAGCGUCCCCUCGUUGGUCCGUGCAACCUGUGCACGCGUAGCGGCGGGUCGCGUGCUAUCAUGCUCUCCAUCCCUUGCCUUUUCGUUCCCUUGGCACCUCCUCGUCUCCGUCGCCGUGGCUGCUUCCCUUCCGUGCAGGAGGCCGUGAAAAUGCAGCAAUGGCAGAAGCCGCUGGCCCUUCGCGUAGUCACCUCCGUGAAGGCAUCACGUCUUCGCUCGCUCCAUUCCACUGCUCUGGCUCCUUUCCACUCGCCUUUGGGAAGGCAUCUCAAUACUCGCCAACUUUGCCGCCCCUUCGUUCAGGUGGCCACGACAAUGAAGCAGUGCGUGAAACCCCUGCCUCUGGCCGUCUUCAGCACGGUCCUAUGGCUGCUCUCCACGCGCCUCGGCACGCUGCUGCUGGCCGGCCGCAGGGCCUUCACCCGGCGGCCGCCGUUCGUGCAGCCCUUCGCGAAGCUGUCGCCGCAGGCUCGCGAGGCCGUGCUGCUGCAGUGGUCCGUGAGCAGCAACUUCCUGCUGCGCACCGUGUUCAAGGUGGGGAGUAGGGGAGGGGGUUGGCGAAGGCGGAUGGUGACAGUGAGAGGGAGAGCGGGGACGUUCCGCAGCUUCACGCUCUUCCACGUGGGCGCUCAGCAUGACGGCUCUGGCAAUAGCAUGCUGUGGCGCGCCAUGGGGUACUGCGGACCCGAUCCCAACAUGCUCGCUGCUGGGAAGCACCGCGGCCGAGACAGCUCAGCUGCUUGCGAUCCUGACGUGGCACAACGGCCAGCUCAACAUGCUGACAUGGCACAGCGUCCAGCUCAGCAAUCCGACAGAGGCGAAGGAGAAGCAGAGCAUGAAGAGGAGAUGAUGAGGGGAGAUGGGGAGAGUGGUGGGUGUGGGGCGAAGGGAGGCGAGGCGAGGCCACUGGACGAGGCGGUGGUGGACUGUGCAGCAGAGGGCGAGGGGCUGGCAGCAGUGCUGCAAGGGAAGGGCGUGGAGGUGCUUCCGGGGCCCAGGCAGACGAUUGGGCUGCUGGGCAGGCGAGAUGAAGGGGAAGGAGAGGUGGGUCCCUUGGGUGAGCCUGUGGUGGUGCGAUGCGAUGCGGUGGUGAUUGGUUCGGGCUGUGGAGGAGCCAUCAUUGCGGCUCAGCUCGCAGAAGCAGCAGCUGCAGCUGGUGGUGCUGGCAAUGGUGGGGAUGACAGCGGGCGGCGGAGGAAGGUGUUGGUGCUGGAAGCAGGGGGGUACUUUUUCCGCUCGGACUUGUCCCUUCUCGAAGCUCCCUCUGCUCAGAUAUGUGAGUACUCCCUGUCCUGCUCAGAUGUGAGUACUCCCUGUCCUGCUCAGAUCUACGACACAGAGAAUGGCAGCAUGCUCAACCCUCUCCCUGACCACGGAGGAUGGCGGGGUGGCGCUGCUGGCAAGUGGCCUCCUAGUCUACCUUGUCGUCCUCCCUCUUGUUUCCCUCCCUCUCCUGGCUCCCGCAGGCACGACACACAUGAGCAGUACGACACGCAGGGCUUUCUCACCACGGAGGAUGGCGGGGUGGCGCUUCUGGCAGGGAGAACAGUGGGAGGCGGCAGUGCUGUCAACUGGUCUGCAUCCUUCCGCACACCGCCCCACGUCACCAAGGAGUGGGCCGGCGAGUAUGGGCUCAAGCAAUUUGAGUCGCCGGAGUAUGCAGCAGCCAUGGAUGCCGUUUGUGAGAAGAUUCAGGUCACAGCAGACGAGACCCUCACCCCGCACAGCCUGAGCAACGCAGCGCUCAAGGCGGGGUGCGCGGCUCUGGGCUGCCACCAUGCCGUCACCCCCCGCAACACCAACCAGCCGCACCCCUGCGCCUGGUGCACCUUUGGCUGUUGGUCAGGCGAGAAGCAGUCGAUGCUGGAAACCUGGUUACCAGACGCUGUUACACACGGCGCCAUCAUCCUCUCCCGCUGCGCCGCCCUCCGCCUCCUCCUCUCCCCCAACCGCCCAGCCAGCACCACCCCUGGUGCCACAAGCAGCAGCGCGGCUGCUGGCGUGAGGCGGAGGAAGCGGGUGGUGGGGGUGGAGGCGAGAGUAGAGCAGCAGGGCGUGUGGCAGAGAGUUGUGGUGGAGGCCAACUUGGUUGUUGUGGCGUGUGGCAGCCUCCACACGCCUCCUCUACUGCUCGCCAGUGGUCUCACCAACCGAGCCAUCGGCGCCUCACUGCGCCUGCACCCCGUCACCUCCGCCUGGGGCUUCUUCCCCGAAACCGCCCCCUCCCUGCCGCCGUCGCUGCCCGCGGGCCCGGGCUAUCUGGGGCCAAUCAUGAGCGUCAACUCGAGGGAGACGGCUAACUGGGAGACAAGUGGAUAUGGUGCCAUGAUUCAGACCCCCACGAUACACCCGGGUCUGCUAGGCUGCGCCAUACCCUGGCUGGGCAGUCAGACCAUCAAGCAGUCAGCAGUGCGCUUCGACCGCAUUGCCUCGCUCAUCUCCAUCGUCAGGGACCGCGGGCGUGGCACUGUGCGCGUGGACGGCAGCGGCCGGCCUGUAGUGACGUACCGGUUGUGCAAGGAGGACCAAAAGAGCAUGCAGGAGGCCCUGCUGCUGUCGACUUUUGGGUCGACUCAAAACAUGUCUCUCCCCGUCUCCCUCUCCUUGUUCCCCGAUGCGCUAUUCAUGUCCUGCUAUAUUCAUCACCAGGAGGCCCUGCUGCUGUCGCUGCGCAUCCUUAGGGCAGCGGGAGCUGUGGAGGUGGGCACGCUUCACCAGUCCCUCAAGCCCUUCCGCUGCCUCAUCCCACCCACCGUUGACGCCGACACAGCUGAUGAAAACCUGCUGGCAGCGAAAGCCAAAUUGAAAGGCAGCAUUAGCUUGGAGGGGAUGGAUGGGUGGCAAUGCACGUCUGAUACGGAGUUUGAGGCGUACUUGAAAUCCGUGGUUGCAGCGGGCUUUAAGCUGAAUGAUUGCACAUUGUUCUCCGCGCACCAGACCGGCAGCUGCCCCAUGGGUACUUCCCCUAAGAACUCUGUUGUGGAUGAGAAUGGGGAGAGUUGGGAAGUGUCUGGGUUGUUUGUGGGCGAUGGGAGUGUGUUCCCGACGCCUGUGGGAGUGAAUCCUAUGGUGUCUAUUGAGUCAGUGGCGUUCAUGAUUGGGAAAAGGCUAGCGGAUAGAGUUAGGAAUGGGGAGUUUAGUGAGUGA